UUCAAAUGAGUUUGUCAGCAUUCCAGCGGCAGUCCUUGAACACAGAGCCCAACGAAACAGCACAAGGGACAGUCAGGCUAUAAUGGAAGACUAUUUGAAAAUAGAAAAAAUUGGAGAAGGUACCUAUGGCGUGGUCUAUAAAGGCAGGCACAAGGCCACAGGACAGGUUGUGGCUAUGAAGAAGAUCCGUCUGGAGAGUGAGGAGGAGGGGGUCCCCAGCACUGCUGUUAGAGAGGUGUCUCUGCUUCAGGAGCUAAAGCACCCAAAUGUUGUACGACUCUUAGAUGUCCUGAUGCAGGAAUCUCGUCUUUACCUGAUUUUUGAAUUCCUUUCCAUGGACCUGAAGAAGUACUUAGAUACGAUUCCCAAUGGACAGUUCAUGGAUCCAAUGCUGGUCAAGAGCUACCUGUACCAGAUCUUGGAGGGCAUCUACUUUUGUCACUGUCGUCGAGUCCUCCACCGGGACCUGAAACCCCAGAACCUCCUGAUUGACAAUAAAGGAGUCAUCAAACUGGCUGACUUUGGUCUGGCACGGGCCUUUGGUGUUCCUGUCAGGGUCUACACCCAUGAGGUUGUAACUCUUUGGUACCGGGCUCCAGAAGUCCUCCUGGGGUCACCGAGAUACUCAACCCCUGUCGAUGUGUGGAGCACAGGGACCAUCUUUGCUGAGAUGGCCACAAAGAAGCCUCUGUUCCAUGGGGACUCAGAGAUAGACCAGCUCUUCAGGAUCUUCAGGACCCUCGGGACCCCAAACAAUGACGUGUGGCCUGAUGUUGAAAGUCUGCCCGACUACAAAAACACAUUCCCUAAAUGGAAAUGUGGCAACCUGUCAUCAAUGGUGAAAAACCUAGAUAAGAACGGCCUGGAUCUCCUGGCGAAAAUGUUGACCUACAAUCCUCCCAAAAGGGUGUCUGCGCGUGAGGCCAUGACGCACCCUUACUUUGACGACUUGGACAAAUCCACACUUCCUGCUGCUAAUAUCAACAAAAUCUAAGAAAACUGACUUUACAGACAAAUCCGUUCAUACCCAUUGUGAAUUACCAUUCUGUAAAUACUUGUGUGUGUAAAAAUGUAUACAUCUAGUAAUAAUCUAUCAACAUUGUCUUUUCAAUAAACCCGCACUUUCUGUCUCAGAAA